AUGGAUGACCGUAUCCGGCCUGCAUACGAGUUUGCGUGGUGGAAUACUCGCAUCACCUUUCCACCAGGGGGCGUCGACCAACUUCUGAAAAGGUCAUACAAUUGGUUCAGAUGGAUGGCAAAGGGUGGUUUGCCAAUCAAGUACCCGGACACUGACACCUCCACGCUGACACCGGCCGAAGUUCAGCACAUCAAGACCCAGUUGGAGAAUGCUCGGGAUCGUCUCCUUGAACGUAUCAAGCGUGCUGAGGCCGAGGAAGAGUGGGUCACCAAUGAGAUUUCGGUUUGGGAGGAAAUUGUACAGCAGUCUGCUCUUAUUGACCUAAUGAGGUAUCACAAGAACCGGUUUUCAGCACAUAGAAACCCAGGUGGAGAAAGCCCGGCAUCGGUCUGCCAUGAUCAACCACUGAGGCCUCUUCACCCCAAGCCUUUCCCCAACCUUUUUGUGCCAAAAAUCUCGGUGAUCGAUCGUCUCUCGGUUCAGGAUGACUGA